AUGAAUAAAUUAAUAAGGAAAUGUUUGAAAGAUAAAAAACCUCAGUAUAGUUGCCCAAAUGAUUGGAUUGGUUUCCGAGACAAAUGCUAUUAUUUCUCUAAAGAAGAAAAGGAUUGGAAUUCAAGUAAAUACAAUUGUUCCACACAACAUGCUGACCUAACUGUGAUUGACAACAUUGAAGAAAUGCACUUUCUUAAGCACUACAAAUGCACUUCUGAUCACUGGAUUGGGCUGGAGAUGAGAGAAAAUCAAAGAAAAUGGGUAAAUGGAACCACAUUUAACAACUGGUUUCAUGUGAGAGGGAAUGAAAAAUGUGCUUACCUCAAUGAUGAUGGUGUGGCAACAGCUAGAUGCUAUGCAGAAAGAAAAUGGAUUUGCAGGAAAUAAAUACACUAA